CUGUCUUCCCAAAUCCAAAGUGUGACCCUACAGAUGAAGAGAGUUCGGCAUUGGUGGCUUUUCGUAGGCAAGAAAUAACGCGGUCAAAAAUGCUUUUAUUGCUAAUAUGCUUUCACUUCGUCACCCAAGUACUCAGUGAAGUGCCUCCAGAUCUGCCACAGGAUGUCAUGGUUGAUAACUGGCAGUUGACAUGGACUCCAGCCACAAACGAGAGCACUGUCACUUACUCUGUUAGGUACUGCAGCUUGCACUGUAAUCUUUGGAAAGAUGUCUCUACCUGCAAGCAGAUGAAUAUCGCUUCCUGUAAUGUCGCUUUCAUCAAAGCCGAGGCAGAGCAUGGCUGUGUUAGGCUGGGUGUGCAAGCAGAGAGGCGUGGGCUGACUUCAGAGCUAGUCGAAGCCUGUAGCAGACAAGGUAACUCAUGUAGCCCUGAAGUUAGCCUGGAUGCACGCCCUGGCUUCUUAACUCUUCAUUUAAGUAGAAAAAGUAAGAUUGCUCUCGAAGGGAACUACAUAAAACAUAGGAUUUACUUUGGAAAAAAGGGAGAACUCCUGGAGGCAUAUGAAGAUGCUGUGGCCUCUGUGUCCAUUGACAAUUUAAAGGAGGGAGAGCACUACUGUGCACAAGUGCAGUAUACUUACUUUGAUGAUCCUGUCGGACUGGCCAGAUGCACCCAGUGUGAAGUCAUCCCUCACUCAAGCCCAACAACAACAAAAAUUGAGAUAACUGUCACCAUUGUGGUUGUCUUUGUUAUUCUAAUACCAGUCAUAGCAUACAUUCCACUCUUUCAGAGGAGGAGAAUCAAAGAGUGGCUGCAACCUCGAUACAAGAUACCAGACCCUGUCUUCUUUGAUGUACAUGAUCUGUCUUGGAAUCCAAUCUCCAGCAACAGCCCAACUGAGGAUUUCUGUGAUAUUACAAGCAUGGAAUUGAGAGGACAAUGAAAGUAGCUGCCUAUGUAGACUUUGAUGUGUCUUGCCAAUUUAUCCCAGAUGUGUGAUCAGUUUGAUAAGAAAAGAAUGAAUGGGCUACUUGGUAAUAGAAAAAUAACCAAGCACCACAAUGCAAAAAUAUCCUCAUACCGUAUUUUCACGGCCAUAAGGUGCACUUAAAAGCCUGAAAGUUUCUCCAGAAUGGACGGGGCGCCUGAUAAUGCGCCGCGCCUUAUGUGUGCACCGAGUUCCAAAAUCUAUAAAUGUUGUAUGAUGAGCGCUCCGCUUGACUGACUGGGAGCAUUUCCUGCCGACACGCUGCUUGUAUAGAGGAAAGGCGGACGUGACUGAGGGCAGCAUGCGAAGGUUAAAGGGGGCAGGGACAGAAUUCAAGAUCAACGAAUCCAUGCUUCGCAAGUGGAGGAAGCAGGAAAACGAGCUUCGCCAAGUCAAGAAGACGAAGCUGGGUUUCCGUGGAAACAAGGCGAGGUGGCCCAAGUUGGAAGACCAACUCGAGCAAUGGAUUAAUGAGCAAAGAACAGCCGCGAGAAGCGUCUCCACAGUCACCAUGCGACUGAGGGCAAUAACUCGGGGCUUGCCAUCAUUCCGGGAGGCUUGACGAAGGAACUCCAACCGCUGGACAUCGGUGUAAACAGGGCGUUCAAAGUGAAGUUGCGAACGGCGCGGGAGCCAUGGAUGACAGAUGGUUAACACGGCUUUACUAAGACGAGGAGGCAGCGCCGGGCGAGUUACGCCACAAUUUGUGAAUGGAUUGCGGACGCUCGGGCUAACCUGUCUGCUUGCACUGUUGUCCGAGCUUUCGUAAAAGCCGGCAUCAUGUCUGAGGAGCCGCACGGCAACGAGACAGACUCAGACAAUGACGAGAGGGAACCCGGCGUGUUAGAUGGAGGACUUGCCCAGCUGUUCAUUUCGGAUACAGAACAUGAGGACUUUGAUGGAUUUGUGGAUGAGGAUUGAUCAAAAAAUAACGUGAGUACAUUGUUAAAUACUUCAAUAAAGUACAACCGAACUCAGUUUUGCUCCCGCUGCCUUUUUAAAAAUAUUGUUUUAGCGUGCAUGCAUUCUACCCUAUGUUUUAAGCGAGCAUAUGUUUUACCAUGCCUGUGUCCAAUAAUACGGUGCGCCUUAUGUAUGUGUUAUGUACAGAAAUAGACUCCGUAAUUGAGACUGCGCCUUUUAAUACGGUGCGCCUUAUGGUUGUGAAAAUACGGUAUUUUGCUAAAUUGACUCGAAUCCACACAUAAGGACUGUGUUAAUAUGUAUUUAUUACAUAUCAGUUGAUGAACUUUUCUACUUUCAGAAUUUUAGGCUGGAUUUACACUGCAGGUUCAGUUUCCCAAUUAUUAUAUGCCUAUCCUGUAUUAGAUUUUUUUGUUUUUUUGUUUUGUUUGAUUUAAUUGACCACAGUCACAAAUUGCACAUGACGUACACAAGCAUCAACACUGGGCAAUAACAGGAAGAAAGUAGGAAAAAAAAUGUCUAUUCUUAAUUAGUGAUUUAUUUAUUUGGUUUGUUUGUGUGUUUUGGCUUUGAUUUAAUUGAACACAUUUGAAAAUUGCACAUGUUCUGGCAUGUUCAUCAAACCUAAGGAAGGACUCAAUCUUGUCUUUGUGGGUUUUUAUGACAAGAAAGAAGAAAUCUUUGCAAAGAGAGUAAAAAGGUCGUUACCCCUAACUGAAACCCAACCAAAACAUUACCUUAAUAUCCAGAAGGGAAUGAGAAAGAGAGAGAAGAAGAGAAAAAAAGAAAUAAACCCCUCUCAUUCCCACAAGGUUCUAUAAUUAUCUUUGUCCAGCUGCACUCAAAGGUAUCUUUAUGGCAAUGGGUACAUGCAGAGGAUGAGAAAGGAGAAGAAAAAAAGGGAGUAGUCAAAACAUGGCCGGGACACACACAAGUACUGUGCUAACAAAGAGCUAUGGAACAAUAAAACGUCAAAGUUGUAUAAAACUAAUAGAACUAAUAUUUGGUAUAUAUGAAUGUUCCAAAUCAGGAUCCCCCUCUUUUGAUAAUACAGUAAUCACAUAAAAGAAAAUUACCAAACAUUAUGACAUUCUCAGUACCUAAAAGUUACUAAAUAUUAUGAAACACUAAGUAACCAAAAAUAAUAAGAUAGUAUGGCACCAUCAAAACGAUAUAACAGUAUAAUAUGUAUUUACAAAACAACCACACAAUCAUCCAGAAAUUCGCACCUCAACUGUUCAACAGUCCAGGGUCUCCGUUGUCGUAUUUUGUGUAUAUGUGUGUGUAUCCCCCCAAUAUCAAACCGACACUGACAUACACGUUUACAUGCAUGCACGCACGCACAAACGCACACACACACACACACAAACACAGAGUGUCUGAGUGAUUGGGGUCUCCAUUGUCGUAUUUUAUGCUUCAUAAUACGCCACACAUUUUCAAUGGGAGACAGGUCUGGACUGCAGGCAGGCCAGUCUAGUACCCGCACUCUUUUACUACGAAGCCACGCUGUUGUAAUACGUGCAGAAUGUGGUUUGGCAUUGUCUUGCUGAAAUAAGCAGGGGCGUCUAUGAAAAAGAUGUUGCUUGGAUGGCAGCAUAUGUUUCUCCAAAACCUGUAUGUACCUUUCAGCAUUAACGGUGCCUUCACAGAUGUGCAAGUUACCCAUGCCAUUGGCACUAACACAGCCCCAUAUCAUCACAGAUGCUGGGGAUGUUCCAAAACAGGUGUUGGGGAUGUUCCAAACAGGUGUUUGAUGAACAUUCCUCUUUUUUGCCACCUGUCCCAGGUUUUUUGGAAUGUGUUGCAGCCAUAGAAUUCAAAGUUGAUGAUUAUUUGCUAAAAACAAUAAAGUUUAUCAGUUUGAACAAUAAAUAUCUCGUCUUUGUAGUGUAUUCAACUCAAUAUAUGUUGACAAUGAUUUGCAAAUCAUUGUAUUCUGUUUUUUUUUAACACGUCGUCACAACUUCAUUGGAAUUGGGGUGUAUCAUAAUAAUAACAAUAAUUAUUAUUAUCCAUCCAUUUUCUGAACCGUUUAUCCUCACUAAGGAUAAGGAUAAGGAUAAGGAUGCUGGCACCUAUUUGAGCUGACUUUGGGUGAGAGGCGGGAAGUGGUCCCAGCCAAUCGCAGGGCACAGAUUACACACCCAUUCACACUCACAUUCACAACUAUGGACAAUUUAGAGCAUUCAAUCAACCUACCAUGUGUGAUUUUGGAAUGUGGGAGAAAACUGGAGUACCCGGAGAAAACCCACACAGCCACGGGGAGAACAUGAAAACGCCACAGCACUGUGAGGCAGAUGUGCUAACCACCUUGCUGCGCUAUUAUUAUUAUUAUGAAACAAAAAGCUUUAAUAAUCACAUUUGAGUCACAGAGAGGAUAUGUACAGCAGCUGAAUUAAGCAUUUAACACGUAACCAUUUUCUCACUAAAUAUACUUCCAAAGGUGGUAUUGGCCUGAAAAUUUAAAGUAAUCCAUACAUACAAAGAAAGUAUGACAAAUAUGCUCAGAAAUUAAGUAGUGUGUUCUGGAAUGGGCUCACUAAUCUAUUGAUGAUGUAAUUUAUGAU